GUUGUAUUUGUUUUUUUUUUAUUUGAUUUUUUUGUAUUUGGGGUUGGGCAGCAAACGUCGGUAGUAGAAGAAAUCGAUUGUGUCGAGAAAUCCUUUUUUCAAUCGCGAAUUGAAGAAUUGCCAGCCCUCAAUUUCUUCGUCUUCUCGGGAAUUCGGAUUGGAUUUUGUGCUUGUCAGUUUUGUAGUUUCCUCGAUUUCUUCAGUCGCCGGUAGUUUGUGCUCUGGAGCUACAAGAGUGUGUGUUAGGGUUUUUCGUCAUCAGGAAUCGAGGAUUCUUGCUGUGGAGCUGGAGGAUUCCUCGCUGCAGUAGCUUGAGUGAUGUAGGAUUGAUGUGUUCUCGACCUCAUCCGGUCUCUUUUACUGGUGAAGCUUUGUUAGGUUUUUUAGAAUAAGAGCACACUUGAAUCUGCGAUUUUUAAUAAUUUGAACGAUGAGGAGGAGGCCAGGGAUUUCAGGGCUGCAAGGGGCGGUUGCAGCGCGAGAUCAAUACCGAUCAUUGGGGGACAAUGUUGCAAAGGUGCGCCAAGACCUCAUGAAGGAGCAGUUAGAAACGUUCCGGCAUCAGCUUGAAGAGUUCGCGUCUAAGCACAAGAAUGACAUCACGAAAAAUCCUGCCUUCAGGGCGCAAUUCCAUACAAUGUGCGCCAAGUGUGGGGUGGAUCCUCUUGCGUCGAACAAAGGAUUUUGGGCUGAGCUUUUAGGAAUUGGUGAUUUUUACUACGAGUUAGGGGUGCAGAUUGUCGACAUCUGCCUCGCCACCAGACCUCGAAAUGGUGGCCUCAUCGACAUUGAGGAGCUUCGUUCAUCGCUUUCAAAACGACGUCGCUCUGUGUUAAUUACUGAGGACGAUUGCCUACGUGCAAUUGGAAAGUUGAAGAAGUUGGGAGGAGGGUACGAGGUAUUCAGCGUUGGACGUCGCAAGCUCGUACGAUCGGUUCCCAUGGAACUGAACAGGGACCAUAACCUAAUUCUUCAGAUCGCACAACCUCGUGGGCAUGUGACAGUCGAAGAGGUAGAGAGAGAGCUUUCAUGGCGCAGUGGACGAGCAAUUGAUGCACUUGAGAACCUUCUGAAGGAAGGCUUGGCAAUGAUAGAUGACGGAGAUCCUGAUGGCAAGCGUCAUUACUGGUUCCCUUGUGUUGGUCCUUCUGAACUGGAGACAGAAUCUGGUGGCAACAUGUAGACAUUAAUAAAUGUAUUUCCACUCUUUAUAUGCUGAUUUUCAAUUUUCUUGGAUAA